GACUGGAAGUGUGUUACAGUCGGUUUACAGUAUGAACCGAUAUGCUGUGAAGUAUUUUGAUUGAAAUUUUGAAUUAAAACAAAAACAAAAUAAUUCUUUUGAUUUUUCAUUGAGAUUUUUGAUUUAAUUCAAUUGAAUGACUCUCUCCCUUCUACAAAUGUUAUUGUAUUCAUUCAAUUGUUUACAGUGUUAGUCGCGAUGUUCCAGUGCAUUGUAGUUUAGCUUUCAUGUUUGUGCUGCUAGUGUGUCAGUGCCGAAGACACAAAAGGAUUUAUUUUUAAUGUUUGAGUAGUAUUUGAUCAAAGUGUCGAUCGACAUAAACAAAAAUAUGUCGAAUGGAACAGAGCAAAAUUCUCCCGUCCACAAAGUGUGGAAACCCGAGCUAUAUAAAAUCCAAUUAGAAGCUCCAACACCGAAGGCAUUGCUGCGUGAUGACGAUAUAAAGGAAGAUUCGUUUCCCGAUUAUUAUGGAUAUGAGUAUCACGGAGUGAUGGAUCAUAAGCAAUCCGAAACUCUGCUAAAUGACAAGUGCGAUGGAUCGUACAUUGUGCGACGAAGCCCCGGCGCAACUGACUAUUACACACUUUCACUUCGAUUCAACAAUCGAACCAAACACUAUAAAAUCUACUACAAACCCAACGCUAGCGGUGGCCAUUUUCUCAAAGAAGAUUUCAAGCGAUUCGAUACGAUUCACGAUUUGGUUGCCGAUGGCCUAGUAAAUUUCUACAUGCAAAUUCAUGCAGCACCAAUCAUCCAAGCGAUGAUGUCACAGACAAAGAGUAGCUACCAACAAAGCCCAUACAUGACAUUGAAUCGACGAAAAUUACGUGCACUUUCGAAUGAUUUGCGUAAGAGUUUGAAAUAUGAUAAUCAACCGCCGAUGAAUGAUAACGUCGCAUCGAUUACAACAUCACUGACCACCGCUUUACUGACAAAUUCAACAGAGACAAAGGCCACAAAUGCCCAGAAACAAAACGAAGAGAAUAUGAAUCAUUUGAAUACGAAUGGACAGAGUCAGGUAUCCAUCGGUGCCGAUGAUAUCGACGUUUUGCCAGUGGUUUAUCAAAAAUCCCACAAAUUCAAAAUACAUACAUUCAAAGGCUUGAAUUGGUGUGAACUUUGUGCGAAUUUCCUAUGGGGUUUUACCGCUCAAGGCGUUAAAUGUGAAGAUUGUGGUUUCAUUGCGCAUAAUAAAUGUUCGGAAUUGGUUCCGGCCAAGUGUGUGCCCGAUAUGAAAAAGAUUCGCGGUGUGUUUGGCUCCGAUUUGACGAUCGUUGUCACACUGCACCAGUGUACAAUCCCAUUCGUUGUGAGACGUUGUGUCGAAGAAGUCGAAGCCCGUGGCAUGCUACAAGAGGGAAUUUAUCGAGUUUCUGGGUUUGCUGACGAAAUUGAUGCGUUAAAACUAGCACUAGAUCGGCAUGGCGAAAAGACAGACAUGUCCGAAUCGGCUUACAGUAAUAUUAACGUCGUUGCAGGCACUUUGAAAUUGUAUUUGAGGCUAUUGCCUGUGCCGCUAAUCACAUAUCAUGCGUAUCCAACGUUUAUCCAAUCAACGAGCUGUACAUCGGUCGGAGAGCAAGUGAUAAAAAUGCGUGAAGCAGUUAAACAGUUGCCGCCAGCUCAUUUCAAUUGUUUGAAAUUUGUUAUCGAACACUUAAAUAGAGUUUCAUCGCAUCAUGCUGUGAACAAAAUGACCGAACAUAAUAUCGCCACUGUGUUUGCGCCAACACUGAUCGCUACUCCGCCACACUUGACUGAUCUAUCCCAAGAAAUCUUUGUGCUCACGUCAUUGAUAACACAUUGCCAAGCGGUUUUUAUGAAUUGAAUUCCAAUAUACUCAAUCGAAUUUGCCCCAACCUCACAUAAGCAGUAAUUUGUUCUCGAUAUCAUUUCGACAUUAGCCUAAUUGCAAUUUUUGAUAUAAGUAUUAAUCAAGUAUACGUCAUUCAUUGAUUGGCCAAAUUAUCAUAGUAUUAGAGGCAUCAUUUUAUUAUGCACACGAUAUCUUUCACUCCAUUGCACAUACAUUUGCACAUCACAUCCAACGAAAAACACACAACAAACAUUUCGGAAAUGUUUUUAAGCUUCAAACCAAAGCGACAUGAAAGAAAAAAAAACACAGGAUCUUUUUUACUCAAAUCGGUGUAUUAACACACUCACAAUAUUUAUGUUUUGCUAAAUCCACGUGAUAUUUUUUAAAUAAAUGUCGUACUUUGACGAAAAUAAUAGAA